CGCUAAUUGGGGCACGACUGCACCCCAAUUAUCGAAUGGCAUUCGCUAAUUGGGGGGUGUCGACAAGUGUCAAAGUUGACCGGGGGGCGCUUGACUCGUUUGUUUUGGUUUUCAGUCUUUCGUCUGCUUAACUGAUGCUGUGAGCAGCUACUUAGUUUUUGUCUUGCGUGAGUGUAAAUUGAGUGAAUCGAUUGAAUAUUUUGUUGAGUUAUUUCCGGCGCUGGUAAAUAUUUGUGCAUUCAUACGUUGUUUGUAAUGUUGUAGCAAUUAUCCUCCUGAAAUUUGUUCAGCUUUCACAAUGGAAGGAGUAUCAGCUUCCAGUUCCGGAGUGGAUAAUAAGCAAGUCGUGAAACGGAAGCACACUACGCUUACCUUGGCUCAGAAGGUGAGAAUAAUCGAGGAAUUUGAAGCAGGAAACGGUUCCCACGAAAUGUUAGGCAAAAGGUUUGGUGUCAGAGCAUCCUCGGUCGGUCGAUUUUUGAAAAAUAAGGAGUCAAUUCGGAUGAAACUAGAAAAAUUCAGAGAACAUGGCGUGGAAAAUCGAAAAACGAUGAAGGAGCAGAAUUUUCCCUUAAUGGAGGAAGCGCUUUACCUAUGGGUUUUGCAACAACGUGAGGCUAAUAUUAUUGUCACAUUGGAUGUGAUCAAGGCCAAAGCAGAACAACUGUUCCAAUGCUUUCAAGAUCUUGGUGUUUAUCUGGAUCUUGCUUUUUUGAUUUCGGAUGGCUGGGUGCGCCGUUUUAAACAGCGUUUCGGAUUACGAAGUGCUCAUGAAGAAAUCGCUUCGGGACGAAAGCUCAACAAAACCCGAUUCACAUUCAUGCCGUGCUCGAACAUGGAUGGUUCUCUCAAAAUGAAACUGAUGUUCAUUGGGGUAGCCGAGAACCCCCGUGGAUUUCCUCGUGGCUUUCAGCAAUCAUUACCGGUAUCCUACUACAAUUCCAAAAAAGCUUGGAUGACACGUCAGUUGUUCCGUACCUGGUUUUAUGACGAGUUCAUUCCCGCUGUCCGGAAGUUCUCUGCUGAGCACGAUUUGGAACCGUCAGCGCUUUUGGUUCUGGAUAACUGUACUGCUCACUACGAUGGAUGCGAUGAUUUGAAGAGUGAUGAUGGAUUAAUUCAAGUGAUGUACCUUCCACCAAAUGUGACAGCAGAAUGCCAGCCGAUGGAUCAGUCGGUGAUCAACGCAAUCAAAACCAGGUACAAACGGAAGCUGAUGCUUAAGCUUGUUUUGGAAAACGAAGAUUUGCCCUUGGAACAACGGGUGAAUAAUGUGUCCUUACGGCAGAGUAUUGAUUGGAUUGCUGAAGCUUGGGACGAAAUCAGUCAGGUUACCAUUGAAAAUUCCUGGAAAAAGUUGUUCGAUGAGUUUCCAGGUUGUGAAUGGAGCAUGUCUGAACAGGCGGAGGAUCUUUUUGCUGAUUUCAAGUCCCUUGUAGCAUCAAUUGAUGGCAUAGCCGGAACAAACACAACCGACGAGCAAAUCCAGCUUUGGCUUGAGGAUCGAGUAGUAGAUUCCAAUGGUACAACAGUUUCAAUAACCAGCGAAGUGUUCAGAGACGAAGAAAUAGUCAGCGCAGUUUUGAAUAAAGCAGACGAUUUAACUUUCACGGAGGAAGAAUGGUUGGAUACCACCCCGGAGGCUUUGAACGGAAGUGCCCUCGCUACUGAAAACGAAGAACCCGAAGACAUCGAUUUUCCAACCGCGAUGAAGUCGCUUGAUAACGUGAUCCAAUUCGUACAGAACAAUCCCGCUCAGACUUUGAAACUGAAAACCCUGCGAACUGAAUUGCUGGAAGCAGAGUGGAAGAGACGCAAUCUGUAA